CACACUUGACAGAGAAGUAGAAAUGUCCAUGGAGUUUCUCCAGCUAUGCCAAACUCUUGUUUUUGGCUUAUUAGUGGCUCUUCUUCUCUUCUGCUUGUGUAUAGUAUUGUUUUACUUCUGGGUUUCGCCAAUUUUUGCUUUAUAUAAACUAAGGAGAAAUGGGUUUGGAGGUCCAACUCCAAGUUUCCCUUUAGGGAACAUUAGAGAGAUGAUGAAGAUCAACAGAUCUUCUUCUUCUGGAUCUUCUUUGGAUCAUAUCUCGCAUGAUAUACGUUCCACUGUGUUUCCUUACUUCAAUCAAUGGCGAAAAUCCCAUGGGAGUGUAUUUGCAUACUGGCUAGGGACAGAGCCAUUUUUAUACAUAGCAGAUGCAGGAUUCUUGCAGAAAAUGACAAGUGGGGUAUUGGGGAAGGAUUGGGGAAAACCCAAUGUGUUCAAGUAUGACAGACAACCUUUGUUUGGUAAUGGCUUAGUUAUGGUUGAAGGCCAUGACUGGGUUCGUCACCGCCACGUCAUCAUUCCUGCUCUCUCUCCUGCCAAUCUUAAGCCUAUGGCAAGCUUAAUGGUGGAGUCCACCACUACAAUGCUAGAAAAAUGGAGCACCUUCAUAGCUUCCGGCAACUCAUCGUCAUCGGAGAUUGAAAUCGAGAAAGAAAUCACGGCCAUGUCCGGUGAGAUUAUCGCCAAGAUUAGCUUCGGCACAAGCCAUGAAAAUCACAACAUUAAAGUGUUUGAAAAAUUAAGGGCUCUACAAUUCAAUCUCUUCGGCUCUAAUCGUUAUGUUGGGAUACCCUUUAGCAAGUUGAUCAGCAUCAAGCAAACCCUAAAGGCUAGAAAACUUGGGAAAGAGAUCGAUAGUCUUAUAUUAUCGAUCAUAGAUGAGAGGAGGAGAUCGGACGGUGGAUAUUCUCAGUGGGAUUUACUAGGGUUUUUGUUGAAGAAGACUGAUAUGGAUGGUCAACAAGUUGGGAAGACGUUAACAACAAGAGAGUUGGUUGAUGAGUGCAAGACAUUCUUCUUCGGUGGUCAUGAGACCACUGCUUUGGCUAUCACAUGGACGUUGCUGCUUUUGGCUUUGCAUCCAAAUUGGCAAGACCAGUUGAGAGAAGAGAUCAAAUGUGUUAUGGGAGACGGAGAACUUGACCUCAUCAAGCUUUCUGCCUUAAAGAAGUUGGGUUGGGUGAUGAGUGAAGUACUAAGACUAUACCCAUCAGCGCCAAACGUCCAAAGACAAGCACGCGAAGACAUUCAAGUGGAUGGCAUGAUAAUCCCAAAAGGAACAAAUAUAUGGAUCGAUGUUGUAGCUAUGAACCAUGAUCCAGUUUUGUGGGGCGAGGAUGUGCACCAGUUCAAGCCAGAGAGGUUCAAGGAAGACAUCAAUGGUGGAUGCAAUCACAAGAUGGGGUUUGUGCCAUUUGGGUUUGGAGGGAGAAUGUGUGUUGGUCGGAACUUGAGUGUUAUGGAGUAUAAGGUUGUUUUAACACUUGCUCUCUCUAGGUUUUCAUUCUCAGUCUCACCAAAUUAUUGUCAUUCUCCUACUACUAUGCUCUCUCUUAGACCUUCCAAUGGCUUGCCUCUCAUAGUUAAACCACUUUAGGGUAGUUCCUUACUUAUUUUUGUGAUCACUUUGGUAUAUUUUUGUGAUCAUUUCAGUAUAUAUGUAACGUUCCUGAUUGGUUAAUCUUGUAUUGUAAUGGUAAUGGUAUUCACAUUACACAAUAAUAUUGGUUUAAUGUUUAAUUUUUUAAUUUUAGUAA